AUGGAAGGCGCUUCAGCGACACUAGAGCCCCUCUUCGCUUUUUUGGCGCAUGCGCUGGCAACGGCUGAGACGACGUUCAACAGACUCCCUGGCUCAGCUGUCAUCCAGCGAUAUGUGAAGAGCUCUCACCAGAACGAUCCUGGCAGAACCAUUUUAGAACUUAUACUAGUCGUAUUCGCGAUUAGGACGCUGCUUCAGUCGCGUACACGAGCAGAUAGGAAUGGCAAACAUUUUAUUCAGUUCAGCGACAAGGAAAUCGACGAGCUCGUGGACGAAUGGUCACCUGAGCCCCUCGCCCAACCCCUCACGGCCAUCGAGCAGGCUGACCUGGCUGCUGUGCCCAUCGUGGCUGGUCCCAAUGGCCCCAAACCGAAAUUGGUGGCUACGGGAAAGACGGCUACGAAUCUGACGAGCUUCAAUUUCACGGGCUUGGCGGGGAACGAACAUAUCAAGCAGAAAGCCGUCGAGACGCUGAGGAAGUAUGGGUUGGGAAGCUGUGGGCCGCCAGGGUUUUAUGGAACUCUUGACGUGCAUAUAGACUUAGAGCGUGACAUUGCGGACUUUCUCGGUACAGAGGCCGCCAUUUUGUAUUCGCAAGGCUUCUCCACCAUUUCGUCCGUCAUUCCGGCGUUCUGCAAGCGAGGCGACAUCAUUGUUGCUGAUCGUGGAGUCAAUUUCGCGAUUCAGAAGGGCAUCCAGAUAUCUCGCUCCACUGUCCGUUGGUUUGAUCAUAACGAUUUGAAUAGCCUCGAGGACGUUUUAAUUGGUGUGGAGAAGGAGAGGAAAAAGCGCAGGGGACCUCUUACUAGGAGAUUUAUCAUUACGGAAGGGAUUUUUGAGAGGGACGGUGUUAUGGUUGAUUUGCCGAAAUUGAUUGAACUCAAGUACAAAUACAAAUACCGCCUUAUCCUCGACGAAAGUUUCUCGUUUGGAACUGUUGGACGAACUGGCCGCGGCUUAACAGAACUGUAUAACGUUCCUGCAACAAAGGUAGACAUGCUGCUGGGUUCCGUCGCCAUCGGUCUCUGCUCUUCUGGUGGGUUCUGUGCUGGUUCUCAAAAUGUAGUCGAUCACCAGCGUAUCAACGGUCCCUCGUUUGUCUUCUCUGCCUCCAUGCCGGCCUUGCUUGCCGUUAGCGCCUCAGAAGGCAUCAACAUCCUUCGCUCCACCCCCUCCAUCCUCACAAGCCUUCAAGAAAAUGUACAAGCGGCACACGCCAUCCUCGAUCGCGUCGACUGCAUCACCAUACCUUCACAUCCCGCGUCACCCGUCAUUCACAUCCAAGACUCUGCGAGUCAAGAUUGGGAUAUCGAUGUGGAGGAGAGGCUUCUCCAAGACGUGGUGGAUGAAGCACUUGCACAGGGGGUUAUUUUAUCUAGGGCGAAGAGGUUGAGGGGGCAGGAGAUGGUGGAUGUCAGACCGAGUAUACGGUUAGCUUUGACAAGUGCUCUUACGAAGAAAGAGACGGAAAAGGCGGUUGGGAUUGUUAAGGCUACGCUUGUGAAGGUGUUGGGGAAGAGGAGGUGA